AUGCAUUUUAUUGAAAGCCUUUUUAAAAGAUACCAUUGUUCUCUUCAACUUGCUUGGUGGAAUCCUGACCGGUUUAAGUUGUUAGAGUAUCUAGAAGUUGUCGCUACCGAACCAGUAUCCGACGAAACUCUUCCAAAUCAUAUUACCCAAGCAAUCGGUUGUUUUGAGCAAAUGGUCUCAUCGUCAACCUACCUCGCUCGAUUCCACAUCCAUGCUAAAUUUCUGGAACCCACUCAAGAUAGUGUACAUCAUGGUUGGCGUGGCCACGUGAUCACUCUAUUCAAAAAUCAUUUACACAGCCUUGUGCAAAAUAGUGGUGAUGCUAAAGCUCAGUCUGAAUUAACUGACCCAGAAAAUAGUGCUAAUUCAUGUUACUCAGAAGACGUCAAGCGUAUAUUUAAAUACAUAUUCAAGUAUCCAUUACCAUUCAGUUCACAGGAAGAUUUAAUUGAUGAAAGCAGCUGGUUAUUAUCCGCCUUGAACUUAGCUAUGUAUGUGUUUAUGAAGUUCAAAUCAUACCCUUCACCACUAAUAUCCUACAUUGUGAAGCUUAUGACUAAUAAUUCUGAUAGGAAAAUAAGUUACUUUAGCGAAUUUCUGUGUAAUUUAAAGUCAUGUUUAGAUCAACAUAUUGUUCAGUAUCAAGCACGUAUUUCUGCACUCCAAACGACCUUGCGCAAUACAGGUGAUACUACAGAAACAAACCGUUUAACAUCAGAACUUGGCGUUCAAGAGAGUGUCAUGCUUCGUUUGCGUCUUUUAGAAAUGACUUUCCAUCAAACUCAGACGUUAUAUCUACAAUCCAAAUCUACCGGUUACAUGUAA